GACGUUUUUCAUCCCUUUCGUUCAGGACGCCAUUUACAGUCUUGCAAUUGACGAGAACAUUGAUCUUCACAGUUCACAGCGGAGAAAGCAAUGGCGGAUGAUGAUAAAAGGGCUGCAAGAGCCAUGAACAAGAGGUACCGCUUCGCAAAUGAACCCAUGGGAAAUAAAACGGUGAAAAAAAUUCCUGGCUGUGGUCCUGUAAAUGGGCAAAACCUUAACGAUGAUGGAUAUACCCAAGCAAAACAAGUGUAUGGACAGUUCUUGGUUGCUAAAGGAGACAAAGGGCACUUCGACAAGUUUUUAAUGAAAUAUGUAUUCAAUGCUGGGGAUCGUAGGGCUGCUUUCGAGGCUAUGAAAAGUUACGACAGAAGAUACAAUCAUUAAAUUAUUAAAUGAAGAAGGACAGGCUAUUUCUAGGUGGUACACAGACAACUUUUUAAUAGGAAAUUAUGUUGAUAGGAAAGAAAAACAAUGAUGAACAAUCAAUAAGUGUUGACAUUGAUGGAGAAAACAUUGCAUCUGUACCCGCGCUUAAACUGUUAGGGGUUACUAUUGAUAAUAAGCUUGAAUUUAGUCCACAUAUUAGUGCUAUUUGUAAGAAGGCUACCAGAAAAGUAAAUGCUCUUGUUCGUCUUAGGCGCAUGAUCCCUAUAGAAGCUAAGCUUCAGCUGUUCAAAUCGGCCAUAUUACCUGACCUCACAUAUUGCCAUACUGUGUGGCAUUUUUGUGAAGCGUCGGAGAAAAGAAAACUAGAAAACGGUGAAGUAUGGGAAACAUA